AUGUCAUAUAGCUUUUUUGCCCCUGGUUGGUCUCCCAAUGUAACAGGACCCCCUGCUUCCUUGUACAACCCAAUCAGUCCUAUCAGUGGGGAUUCUGGGAUCACUGCUUGGCUUCAGGCAGGUAUGCCUCCGAAAAAAAUUGCAUUUGGCCUUCCGUUUUAUGGCUAUGCAUGGAACCUAACAGACCCAAAUCAGCAUAGUAUUUUUGCACCAGCCGAAGGAAUGGCAGUGCCGCCAGACGGGUCAGCCAGUUACAACCUGAUCAAGGCAUAUAUAGCUGAGAAUGGUGCACCAACUAGUAUCACUACCGAAGUUUCAUAUGCUAAGGGAAAGGGACUAGUUGGCUACUUUGCAUGGAAUGUUGGCAUCGAUGUGAAUUGGACUCUUUCACAAGCAGCUUCAUGCGCAUGGGGAGCAUAUUAG